GACGAGUGAAACCACAUUUGAAGUCUUCGUCGGCCCAAGAAAUUCAAGAAGUUGGACCAAUCUUCCCUUCAAUCCUGUCUGUUGCUUCUUCACGGUUUCGUUCAACACCUAUUCUAGGAAUCACAAUGGCAACGAUGCCGCUAGAAGAAAACGGCGCCGUUUCACUGUUGUUCGCGGAUUUCCCAGAAGACGUGCAGAUUUGCAUCCUCUCGUUUCUGACGCCGACUGAGAUCUCCGCCUUCGGCUGCACCUCCAAGCGCUAUGUCUCCCUUUGCCGCGACGAUCAGAGGCUAUGGUUUUCUAUGUGCGACCGUAGGUGGGGAUCCAAGACCCUCAUCAGGAAAUGGGGCAAUGGAAAGAUCUCUUACAAGCUCCUCUACAAAACGCUACACGAGUGCGAGAAUCUCAUCGGCUUCUGGCGCCGCAGUGGCUCCGGUCUCAAUUCCGGUAAUUCCGGUCAUCUCGUGUUCUUUGAGUGGGGUCCGUUUUAUGUUUCAGGGUCAUGGGUUACACCCAUGAAAGCGUCUACUUAUAAGGUGAAUAAAGCUCCAUUCCUUUGGAUGGGGAUUUCCUCCGAGGGUGAGCCAGUCAACUACCUUGAUCUCGAAAGCAGGCUUGAGCUUUCCGAGAAUUUGAUGAGUUCGGAGGAGUAUUGGUCGGAAUUAGUACCCGUGAAUGUGUGUUUUAUAGGGAAAUGUCACGUUGCCAUCGAGGAGAAUGUGAAUUGCUCUGCCUCCAAUUCAAGUUCCCCACAGAGUGGAGCUUUUAUGAAGGUUUCGAGUGCAGCGAAUGCUAAGGAAGAUGAACACAAAGAGUUGAGUGGGUCCCCCGGGAGUUUGCCAGAACUGCCAAUGUCUGAGAUUUAUCAGUACUUUGCAAACAGGACAAUACCUGCCGGGAAUGGAUCUUGGAGGAGGCAGCGAAGGAGGGAGAAGGAAAGGCAGGGAAGGAGGAAGUGGGACACCGAGCACUUUGUCAAGGUUGUCAAUUGCUCCCCCACUCCUGCAAGGCCAUUGCAGGGUCUAUGGAAGGGAGUAGGUGAUGACACGAGCCUAGAAUUUUAUCUCGUUUCAUAUGAUGACAUUGGAGGAAUUACUUGCCGUAGAGUUGGGGAAUUGUCUCAACUUUUCUCUGGCUGUACCCCGGUGUUCUGGACAUCAAACACGACAUUCAUUGAGUUUCCGGUUUCUUCAGAUGAGCAGCGUAUAUACGAGAGCCGCAUACAUCUUCAGCAGCCUCAUGCGGAAGGAGAUAUGACUGAUGAUGAUAGUCUCAUGCCUUGUCGCGAGACCAGUGACGUAUUGUCCAUGCUCUCCAUGAAUUCAAGCUACGACUUGGUUCUACCUGACCUGAUGGGCAAUAGUUUGAACCCCCGGCAGGUGGAGGGGAGGAUUUGGCUCUACGGGAAUGGGACAUUUGGCUAUGGGUUUCUCAGAAACAACUACAUUAUAGAUUUGAAGCAAAUCGCUAGGGAUGGUCGCAUAUUAGAUGUUGUCCAUUUUAAAAACGAUUGAUUGCUUCAAUGUGUUUACUUGAGUAGGAAAUUUGUGAUUUAUCAUUGUUGCACAUAAGAUUGUAGACUGGAAUUAACGUCAUUACAGGCUGUGUCAUGUAACUCAUGUGACAUAAAAUGGGUACCCUUUGGAACAGCAUCAUCGUUAAGUUUAGGUGUAACUGGGGUAAGCUGUGAUGGUGGCUGAGAGGUGAUGUGUGGCGGUGGACAACCAACUGUACUGCUGCCGGCCUGCUGCCGCUAAAGCUUCUAAACCCCUUUGUGUACCAAAUAGACCCAUAGCUUUCAUAUGGAAUAAAUGUUUAUCACUUGUUUAUUGUGUUAAUUUGUACUACGCAUAAUUUUUCAGUUUGUUCAAACGAACUGCCAUCUCCUCUGUUAUAUUUCAUAUUCAUUCAUUAUGUUGGAUGUUUACUUGU